UCAACCUAUAAUAAACAUAAGGAAGGUGUGGUACAAUAGUCAGUCAGUGCUGUCUCCUGAGGAGUUUGAGCAGAACCAAGGGCCGUCCAGCAAGCAGACAAAAUGAAGACUGGCUUUUGUGGAAUCCUCUUGGCAUUAGUGCUGACCUGCUCAAAACAAGCUAAGCAGAAAGCAGUUUCUCCUCGAGGAACAGACUGCACCCAGAUUAAGGCUCUCUCACCCCAAGCAUCCAGUGGGCUUUAUGUCAUUCAGCCUGUCGGAGUGAAGACACCAUUCAAGGUGUACUGCGAGAUGAGGGCAGAUGGAGGCUGGACGGUGUUCCAGAGGCGCAGUGGAGGAGCAGUUUCUUUCAAAAGGAACUGGGCAGCAUAUAAAAGUGGUUUUGGAACUUUGACACAGGAUCAUUGGCUCGGUCUGGGAAAGGUUUUCUCCCUGACCAAGGACAAGACUAAAAAGUGGACCAUGAGGAUUGACCUGUGGGACCACAGCGACAUCACAGCUUUUGCUGAGUACAGGAACUUCAGACUGGGAAAUGAGAAAGCCGCAUACAAACUUAAUGUUGGCCCAUACAGAGGAAAUGCAGGCGACGCCAUCCGUGGGGUCUAUCCAGGCGUCGAUCAAAACGGCCAUGGCUUCAGCACGGCCGACCGUGACAACGACGGCUGCUCCCCCUGCAUCUUCGGGGACGUUAUGGAGAACGAAUGCGCCCCUUCCGAAGGAGGUGGCUGGUGGUACAGCCGCUGUGGCUCCGCUGGGCUAAAUGGUGAGUGGCACCCCAGCGGAAGCCACAUCGGUUGGGAGUCAGGCCUUCACUGGCGCACCUGGAAGUCUUCUGAGGCGUAUUCCUUCAAGGCCACCAGAAUGAUGAUCAAGUCUGUACCGGAAAAGUCCACCUGUGUUUAACCCCAUGUUGCAAUUUAUUUAAAAAAAUUAAAUGUAAGAGCUUAACAUACAGUGUAAUACAAAUAUAAACUCAGUAGAACAUGUAAACAUUCAUAGCUUUGCCUUUGGCUUUUUUUUUUUUUGUUCUGUCCAGCAGUUUAACAAGCAGCAUAUCUUACGCUGAAUGCCAUAUUGUGAUGGACAGCUUUGCUUCGACAAGAGGAGUAUUUAUAAAAUAUAUAUACUCUUCUUGAUUUAUGGUUUAUUUAAUGUUUUUUUUUAGCUGAUCCAAAAUAUGUGUGAUGUCUCCCACAUAGUUUAAGCUACGGAAACCAUUUAAAUAUCAAAAUAUUUAGCUUUUUAAGGAGACGUUGACUAUUAUUUUUCAGAUUCAUAUCUUUGAAAUUUUUUGAAAUACAUAACUAAACCCAACAGAUCCCACAUACAGCAAGCCUUUAAUUUGACAGCAACAGUGGAAAGGAAAAACUCCCUCUUUUACGAGGAAGAAACCUCCAGCAGAACCAGGCUGGAUGUGGGUGGCCAUCUGCAUGGGUCGGUUGGGGUGAGGGAAUAGAGAGAGAGCAAAGCACAGCAACAACAACAAGCAACAACAGAGCACAGGCAGGAUGGUUGGACCAGGGACUGGACACAGGCAGGAUGGUUGGAUCCACAGCUGCCCAUCACAGACACCAAACUUUGAGUCCAAUGAUACCUGUACACUGUAGGUGAGGACAGAAUGGAGGAGAAAGAGAGAGCAGGGGAGAAGCAUAUAUUAUACUGGAGAGAAAGAGGCAAGGUUAGUUAAACAUGGAGCAAUGAUGGGAGGUUAUUGGACAGAAGAGAUAAAGAAAAACAGAGGAGCUCGGUGUAUGAAUUACAGUUUUUCUCAGUCGCUUUAGUACAGUAGUUCAGUAGUUCAUCGUAGUCUAUAACUGCAAAAUGGUUGAUCAAGUUGUCAUAAUGUGACAAACAUAUUUCUAUACAUCUCCAUUAUAUGUUUUUUUCUAAAUCUGUCCUGAUUUGGUAAAUUGCUCUCAGGUGACUUGACUUUCUCUAACAAAGGUGCAUAUCAUUAACCAUCAACUGGAAAGUAUAUAUGAAUGGCUGGAGCACAACACAAUGUUCUAUGUCUGACAAUGGUGUGCUUACUCAUAUUCCCAUAAUUGGUCCAUACAACAUCUUUAUACAGCAUCUUAUCACCUUUCUAGAAACUCUCUACAGAGAUCUCAUCCCUGAAGAAGAGAGGGGUCGGAGUGGAGAUCACCUGCCAAAAUAUGUGAUAGUUUGGGACAAUGUGAGUUUUCAUCACUCCAACACCAUCAGGCAUCAGGAUGGAAAGUUUAUGAUCACCAGCCACAUAAACAAAUGACCCUCCUGGGUGCCAUUGUUCAGUCUCUUGCAAUCAAACAAAAAGGUGUAACUUACAUUUUACAGUAAUUUUCAUCGAAACUUUAGCCAUAGUUUAUGUCAGAACCUCCCUCCAAAGUACACCGUUAUAUUGACAACAUGACUAAGUAAUUUGACUGUCCUGUUCGUAGACAAUGACACAAGGACUUAAUAUUCUGACGCCACUGACACGUUCAAUGACAUAAAAACUUAGUUUCGAGAGAUGAACUAAAGAUUUUGAACAAUUUACAGGCUUUUACAAGAAAUCCAGUGUUUUGCUGUUUGUACAAAUUGUUUUGAGAAAUGCACACACAUAUUUGCAAACUUCAAUUCUGAUCUUAGAACUGUACUAAAGUGACUAAGAAAAACUGUAAGAUAAGAAGGAGCUUUAUAAUUAAGUACUUUGUAGCUGAGUAGGAUAAUAUUAAAUUCUAUAGCCAGUAGCCAGUGCAGAGAAGCUAAUGUAGGAUCUCUCUUUCUAAGUUCUGUCAGAACUCUGACUGCAGCAUUUUGAAUAAUCUAUUGGCUUUUUAAGGAGCUGUUAGGACAUCCUAUGAGUAAGCAGUUACAGUAGUCCAGCCUAAAGGUAACAAAUGCCUUAUUCUGUUUCUCUGCAUCGCUCUGAGAGAGGAUGCUUCUGAUUUUAGUUAUAUUUUUAAGAUGAAAGUAGGCGGUUCUGGAGAUUGUUUAAUGUAUGAUGUAAAAGAGGUCAAAGAUGGUCAAAGAUGACACCAAGGUUUCUAGUAGUAGAAUAGUAGAGAAUCUGAAGAUAAUGUUAUGCUAAUCAGGGUGGUUAUCUGACUCAAUAAUGUCUCCCUCUGAUUUUUAGGCAAAACGAUAAGAAUUUCAGUUGUAUGUGAAUUUAGUUGAAGGACGUUUGGGGACAUCCAAGAUUUGAUGUCUUUUAACAACUUUGAAUUUUGACUAGUUGAUCUGUUUUAUUUGGUUCCAAAGACAUAAAUAACUAAGUACCAUCUGCAUAACAAUGAAAGUUAAUAGAAUGCUUCUUAAUAAUCUCACCUAGAGGAGACAUGUAUAGGCUGAACAGAACUGGACCAAGCACAGAACCCUACUCCAUAGCUAAUCCUUGUGCAUGUGGAGAAUUUGUCAUUAACAUGACUGGAAUCUGUUCAACAAAUAGGAUUUAAACCAUCCCAGUGCUUUUCCUUUAAUUCCGAUUCUAUGCUCCAGUCUCUGUGUCACGAUCUGGGUUUUUGUUUUUUGUGUUAUUCUGAAGGACUCUCUGUUUUCACUUAACUGUCAUGUUUUGGUUCCAGUUUCCUGUUUUAGUUUCUAGUACUUCCGGUUUUUGUUUUCAUCUUGUUAGUUCCCGCUUCACGUCCCGGUCUCAUUACACACACCUGUUUCAGAUUAGUCAUCACCCCACAAGUAUUUAAGCACCAGUAUUCACCCAAGCCAGUUGCCAGAUCGUCGCAUGCAAGUCAUCACCUUCCAGCAUUUUCUCAUCUCAGCUCACCUCGUUUUGAUCGUGUUCCAUACUCCUGACCACCGACUCCUGCUUAACCCUGGCUGGCACCGUAGCCGUGUUUAAUCCGUUGUUGAACCUUGCCCGUCUAUGGACCUGAUUAUGCCUGCUGUUUUUGUACCUAAACCUGAGCCUGGCUGUGUAUGACCCGGACUGUCUUUUAUUAUCGAUUACUGGAUUAAAACCUUGCUUUUUCACCAUC